GAGGCCGAGGUACCUUUUGGUUGGUUGGGAUUUUUUUGGUUUUUUUGAUAAAAUAUCAGAGUAGUUCUUCGCAUUUCAGAUUUGGGGGAAACCAAAUUGGGGAUGCAGACGUGCGGGCGCUUCAAAUCCCUGCCUUCGACUCGAUUCCUCCUGACCGGUAAUCUCUUCUUCGUCCCCCUCGCUCCUCCUGCUUCGGAUUCUGCGCCCGUCGUGGUUGGUUGUCGGAGGUCGUGUGGUUUGGGGUUUCGAGGAAUUGGACUUUUUCCGACCGGUGUUUGUUCCAUUUUUUUUCUGUUGAUUCAUGGGAUAGUUGAUUCUGCUACUGCAAUUCGGAUGAAAGUUAUGAAUUUUCCCCGUCAGGAUUUUCUGAGUGAUUUUGGAGAGUUUUACGUCUGUAGUGUUACUGAGAUGGAGUCAAAUGAUUACUCUGACCUGUUGUUUGGAAUCUCAGACUUGCUGCGGACUGUUCAUCAAGUUUAAUUCGAGCAUAUCCGCUCAAAUCUAUCAGGAAGACUGCAAGGAGCAGCAUUGCAAUCACUGGAAGAAGGUCAAAGAAUGGAGUGCAAUAAGGAUGAAGCUCUCAGAGCAAAAGAGAUUGCUGAAAAGUUGUUCGACGAUAAGGAUUUCAUUGGUGCCAAGAAAUUUGCCUUGGUGACCCAAAAUCUCUUUCCUGCUCUUGACGGAUUGGAACAGUUGAUUGCAACUCUUGAUGUUUAUAUUGCGUCUCAACGCAAGGUUCAUGGGGAGAACGAUUGGUAUGCUAUUCUCCGCGUGAAUUUCACAGCAGAUGAAGAUACUGUGAAGAAACAAUAUAGAAAGUUGGCUCUCUUGCUUCAUCCCGACAAGAACAAAUCUGUUGGUGCCGAAGGUGCAUUUAAGCUAAUUUCAGAGGCAUGGAGUGUCUUAUCGAAUAAGUCCAGAAGAACACUUUAUGACGAGAAAAGAAGCGCCAAAAGUUUUUUGGAGAUAAUUUUCCAAACAAACAAGAAAAGAAAUGGCAGCACCAAAGUAGCUCCUGCAACCGGGAAUCUUUCUCAUAAGCCAUCAGCAGUUGAAACAUUUUGGACAUCAUGUUACAAGUGCAAAAUGCAGUAUGAGUAUCUCAAGCUGUACCUUAAUCAUACUCUUCUCUGCCCUAAUUGCCACGAACCUUUUCUAGCCACACAGACAAAAUCUCCUUGUGAAUUUGUAUCCUCAGGGCCUAUUUCUCAGCAGAAUCAGCCAAACUCCAAUGGAGCAAAUCCAGGUUCUUUCAAUCACCCAAAUUUCCAAUGGUGUCCUUUUUCUAGAACUGCAGGAGUUGCAAGUGCAGCUGCCUCAUCAACUGCUGCUGCACAUGCUGCAAAUGUUGUCUGUCGGACUUAUGAGAAGGUACGUAGAGAACGUGAAGAGGCACAAGCAGCAGCUAGAUAUAAAGAGGCUAUCCGCAGUAAGAAUAAUGCUCUAAAGAGAGAUACUAGUGCAUCUGGAAUCCUUAAAGCAGGCCAAAGUAAUACUAUACCUGCAGAAAAAAGGGGAGGUAUUGGUGAUGAUCCUGGGAAUGACCAUACAGAGGUUGUGACACAACAGAUUCCUGCUGAGGCAAACAGAUCAAACAGAAAUCUCGUAGACUUGCUAAAGUUAAGAAUGGCUGGGAAUCAAAGCAACCAGUCCAGAGAGUUUUAUCUUUGUAGUACCAAAAAUAUGUUGACUGAGUUGAGUAAGUCGGCAAUAGAUGUGAAAUUAAAACAGUGGAAAUCUGCUGCUUCUAUGAAACUUGAUGUGAAAGACAAUGCUAAAAAGAGACAAAAACUGAGUGAAGCUGGCAAAAAAGAAAGCAAGGAUGUGGUGCAUCAGAAUGUUACUAGUCAAGAACAGCCCGUUGAACCUAAGAGUGAGACAAAAUCAAUUUAUUAAUGAGAAGAAGUUAUCAGAUGCCCACUCAGACAAUGAGAGUCAUGAACCAGUACCAAUGGAUGCUCCUGAUCCAGAUUUUCAUGUUUUUGAUAAUGAUCGUACAGAACAAUCUUUCAAGCUGAUGAGAUAUGGGCUACAUAUGAUGAUGAGGAUAGUAUGCCUCGUUAGUAUGAUCUGGUUCAGAAGGUUAUCAAGUUGAAUCCUUUCAAAAUUCAUCAAAGUCCAUUAGUGAAUUUGCCCCUUUGAAUUGGGUUAUAUCUGGUUUUCCAAAAAGCUGUGGAGAUUUCAGAGUAGGGCAUUAUGAGGUGAAUGAUACAAUCAAUAUUUUCUCACAUGAGGUUGGGUUUAAGGGUCUUCAUGGUGUCAUAAAAAUCAUCCCAAGAAAAAGGUGAAACCUGGAUUCUUUACAGAAAUUGGUCUCCAGAAUGGAAUGAGCAUUACUCCUGAUGAUAUCAUCUACAAGUAUGACCUGGUAGAAGUGCUUGAAGAUUACCUUUAGUGAAAGUUUCUGGGUUUAGAACUGUAUUUAGUCGUAACAUGAAUUCCAAAGCAGAAAAGAGAAUCCAAAAAGAGACAAUCAUCAUCCCAAAAUUGGUAAGGUGACAAUUAUCAUCCCAUAUACAUUCAAUAGUUGUAUUUAGAGAAUUUAUGUACAAGAUCUAUAUAUUCACAUCUUUUCUUCAAUCACACUUCCCCUGUACUAAUGAUGUAAAAAAAAUGCACAUGUUCCUCCAUUUGGUUUGUGUAUGGCUACACCUUUCAUACUUGUUACAUACAAUAUGUAAAGAUUAUUUCCUCAUUGAUGAUAAAAUUGUUAUGAAUAUGAUGCUUCCACAAGCUGGUGGUUAGCUUUCACUUUUA